AUAUCACUAUAUAUAACCCCUCAUAAAUGUUCAUUUAUCAUCAAAAGAAACCAAACAUGAUGAUGUUUAAGAUUUCACUAGCAAUUGUUUGUGUCAUUGGCUUAGCCACGGUCCAUGUCUCCCUUGCCCAAAACUCACCACAAGACUACCUCAAUGCUCACAACGCAGCUCGUGCACAGGUUGGUGUUGGACCCAUGAGAUGGGAUGCAAAAGUAGCUUCUUAUGCCCGGAACUACGUUGAGAAACUUAAAGGUAGCUGCAAACUUGUGCAUUCAGGAGGACCUUAUGGUGAGAACCUAGCAUGGGGUAGCCGUGACCUUUCGGGCACAGCCGCUGUGAACAUGUGGGUAGGAGAGAAGCCCAAGUAUGACUACAACUCUAACUCAUGUGUUGGUGGUGAGUGCCGCCACUAUACACAGGUUGUUUGGAGCAGCUCAGUGCGUUUGGGGUGUGCUAAAGUUCGAUGCAACAAUGGUGGCACCAUUAUUAGUUGCAACUAUGACCCCCCAGGCAACUAUGUCAAUCAGCGUCCCUAUCUAAGAGUUAUUCAAGAAGUUCUAGGCAUAUAUAAUGCUUAGGAGAUAUAUAUAUAUAUAUAUAUUGGUUAAUAAUAAGUGGAUAUGAUCCAAGUUGUUCCCAUCUUGUGAACUAUGUAAUCACUCGUGUAUAAUAAUAAAAAUGAGACAAAAGUUUAUUGCUGCUUGACCAAUGAA